AUGGCACCAUUUUUACCUGCGGAUUGUUUAUGCCAAAUAUUUCAAAACCUAACGGAUCAAAAAUCAUUAUACGCAUGCCUGCUAGUGAAUCGACUGUGGUGUGCUACUUCGGUGGAAUUUCUAUGGUCAAGACCAUUCCAUUUUCUAUACACAUGUCACAAGACGGUCUUCCUUCCCUCGCUGCAGAGACAUCUAUUCUCCUCUGCGGCCUCAACAAAAUCUUCGAUAUAUACCACAAAGUCAUCGUCGGCUCACAACAACCGACGAGCGUCGACCACGACCAACAAGUCCUCCUCAUAUUCUGCUUCACCGGCAGCCGAAAAGUUAUGUCAUUGCUGUGAGGACACAAGGAUAAUAAGAAGUUCAAGGUUGAUUGAGACCUAUUUGAGCUGUCUGUCGGAAAAAGAAAAAACACUGUUGAUGGAAAGUGGAAUUGAAUUAUCGGUAGAUAUACAGCAGUCUCCGUUAUUUGAUUAUGCAGCGUUCAUACGUUACUUGGACCUUGAGGAGUUUUACAUUGCCAUCAGAGAUUGGAUCGAAUAUGCGAAUGUGAUUAACGGUGCAUCACAAGGUGGCAACCUAAAUUAUUAUAACACGCUGAACGCGUUGAACGGGAUUAGCGGUAGGAAAGGAAGUCUGAACAGAGGAAACAUUUCAAUCCUAAGUAGUAGUUAUCCGGGAGGGAACGGCAUUUUCACCGGCGGAUUUGGAAUUUCGGAGGGGCAGCUAAUGGAGUUUCACAGUAGACAGUUGAAGAAAAAAAAUUCAAUAAAGAAAUUUAAAUUUUCAAAUGUCGUAAGAUUUAUCACAAAAACAAUAAACAAUCACCGAAAAACAUCAGAGAGUAGUCACGAUCAAUCACGGAGGAACAGUGAAUCCAGUCAAUACAGCACGGCGAGCAGUUUCGACACCAUAUACACCACCUCCUCUUCGGCCCCGUCGAGUCCAACCACCACCAUGUCAUCGUCAAGUAGUUCUUCAUACAUAACCCAUCCAAAAGAACGAUUGAUUACCGAGAUGCUAUGUAGGCUGUUGAUGAGAAGGAGUUCUACCCUCAAACAAUUGUCAAUUGACCGAACAAAUACCACCCGUUCACCGGAGAACUCGAAUGGAUUCCGUUGUUCUUCGUUGAGAGCCCAAAUAUCGGAGAAAUUUCAAAAUCUCCGUCUCAUACCCGAACAAUUCCUGGUGCUCCCAACUUAUCCCGGAGCUGUCUCGUGUUUGUCCUCGCUGAGCGAGUUGAUAUGCACCACGCGUCAAUCUAAACGAAAAUUAUUUGAUCUACUUGUCGAUAUCUCUUGUCGUCUGACUAAAAUUUCUGUGACCAUGGAUUAUCACUCUAACGGUUGGAGGUCACGUAAAGAAGAUUUGGAACUCGAAGAUGAAUCCAGAAGCCUGGCCGCCCUGAUCAACUCUCAACAAUCUCUGGAACAAUUUGAGUUGUAUUGCUGUGAGGUCGGCACCUCCAUAAUAAUGAAUUCGCUGAAGUCACAAACCAGUAGUUUGAAGGUGAUCGCUUUUAAUGAGAUUCGGUUCUGGGGUUGGGAACCGUUGGAUUUUCUGGGUGAAUGCAGGAACCUCGAGAAGCUGAUGUUUAGAUCUUGUCACGGCAUAACCAAUGAAUUGUUGGACUCAAUGACCGAUGUUAAAUACGAAAAUCUAAAUACCCUCGUCAUGGAAAACUCGUCAGCACCGGUUCACAUACUUGGAUCGUUGAUCGUGAACUCAUGUAACAAGAUCCACACCCUCAACUUGGGACAAUACAAGCCAUCGGUUCUUCCAAACAAUAAAAAAAGCAAUGGAAUCGAACCAGACUACUUUCACGCCACUUCAAAUAUUUUCAAGACCGUGGCAAAAUAUUGUCCCCGCCUCACCCGGUUCGGCACAUACAUUGAGGCCACAGAUAUUUCUGAAUUGCAUACCCUCUUUGCUCUGUGCACGAACAUCCAGUCGGUUACGCUUUACGGACCACGAUCACCUGAAAUCAAUGUGACAGAUUUCUUGCUGCAAUUAUCUAAACAAGAACUACCAAAUUUGAAAUCGCUCUCCUUGCAAACAGCGUGGUCGUACACGCCGUUCUCACUCGAUCAAUUUCUGGUGAACUCGAAGCCGCCACUGAAAUAUUUGGAAAUCAGGAAUUCAAAAUGCUUUAACGAUGAACACCUUAUGGUGAUAUUAAAGAAUUUGGGUAAAGAGUUAAACGUGCUGAAAUUGCACGUCACAAAUCAACUGAACGAAGAGUUGGUGGAAAGGGCCAGACAGGAGAUCGAGAUGAGAGAGUUGCUGAGAAGAGAGAUGGAAUUGCAAAAAAGAGAAUUUGAAUUAAGACAGCGGGAAUUUGAAGCUAGCGGGGAAAUUGAGUUUGAGGAGGAUGAAGACGACGAUGAGGAAGAUGAAAUGGUGUUAAGAAGAGAGAUGAGAAAAGGAGUUGACGUUGGCGAUUUUAUAAGACUCAACAAUAGUUUCACGAGACGUAAUAGUAGCGCGAUGAGGCGUGAUAAUAACCUGAUAAGACGCAACAGUAGCACGAUAAGGGUUGAUAGUAGUGCGUUAAGACGUGAUAGCGGUGUCUUAAGGAGAGAUAGCGGUGCGUUAAGAAGAGAUAGCUACGGAAUGUUGAGGAUAGAUGGUUACUUGAAGAGAGCAAUCAGACACGAUGACAUUGAAGAAGGACUGGUGCAAGUCGAAUACUGGGAAUCCAUCAUUAGG